AUGUCUAAUACUACUGGUCAUGAAGAUCUUGGUGCAAAAUUAUUAGCCGGUGGACUAUCAUGUAUGUUUAUAUCAGCUGUUCUCAAUCCAAUGGAUGUUAUUAAAGUUGUAUUACAAACUCAAUCACAAUUAAAAGCUCUUGAUAAUCAUCCACAUCCAGUAAGUGAUUUAUUUUUACAUCCAUCUCGUUCAUUAUAUACACAUGCACGAUAUCAUGGUACAUGGCAUGCAGCUAAAUCAAUUUACUAUGAAGAAGGAUAUGGUCGAGGUUUAAUGAAAGGUAUCACAGCAUCAAUGUUACGUGAAGCAAGUUAUAGUAGUAUUCGUAUGGGUCUUUAUGAUUCAAUUAAAAUUCUUUUAGCUCCAAGUGGAACCUCGAAAAAUGAAUUUAGUUAUUGGCAAAAACUAGUUGCUGGUGCUGGAUCAGGUGCAUUAGGAAGUUUUAUUGCAACACCAACUGAUCUUGUUAAAAUACGUUUUCAAUCAUAUUCACCACGUCAUAAAAAUCCAUAUAAAAAUACGUUUCAUGCAUUUUAUUCUAUUCUUAAAUAUGAAAAUGGCAUUUAUGGUUUAUAUAAAGGUGCAACACCAACUGUUUUACGUGCAGCUAUAUUAACAAGUAUGCAAUUAAGUACAUAUGAUCAAAGUAAACGAAUUCUACUUCGUUCCGGGUAUUUUCAAGAUAAUCCAAUAACACAUGUAAUUGCAAGUCUUAUUAGUGGAUUAAUAGCAACAACAGCAGUUAAUCCAGCUGAUAUUAUUAAAACUCGAAUUAUGAGUGAUAAUACAACAAAAGAUCGUCUUUAUAAAAAUCCUAUUGAUUGUGCUUAUAAAACAAUGAUGAAAGAAGGUCCACAAGCAUUUAUGAAAGGUUGGUUACCAAAUUAUCUACGUAUUGGACCACAUUCUCUCGUAUCAUUACUCUUAACAGAAUUUAUUCGAAAACUACUUGGUGUUGAUUCAUUCUAA